UACUGGAAGGGAGGUCAGUGCAGGAGUUGGACCAUGGCAGAAGCUCUGUACCUGGAGAACAGUGACCUGGACUGCAGCACCAACAAUCGCAAUCACCAUACGCAAGAUAUUGGUUGUCAGAUACUAGUUGUCCGCAGGGGCCAGGCCUUUGAAAUCAAGCUGCAGUUUUCUCCCCGGGGAUAUGAGGAAGGAGUGGACCAGCUGAGUCUCAUCGUUCAGACAGGUCCACAACCAUCCGAGGAAUCUGGCACAGAAGCUCACUUUAAGGUCACAGAAGCUCUGGAGAAUGGAGUAUGGAGUGCUGCAGUGGUCAGCAGUGAGGGUGACUCCAUUGUUCUUUCCAUCUGCUCCCCACCCAACGCCCGCAUUGGACAUUACAGCCUCACCUUGGAGACCUCUAACGGAUCAGAGGAGAAUAGCUGCAAUGUUGGGGAAUUCUAUCUGAUUUUUAACCCCUGGUGCCCAGAGGACUCUGUAUACCUAAAGGACGAAGAUGAACGGGUGGAAUAUGUUCAUUGUCAGUACGGGGUCAUCUUUCAAGGCUCAAAAGACUCAAUUGACCCUGUUCCUUGGAACUUUGGACAGUUUGAAGAUGGAAUCCUGGAAAUCUGUUUCAAACUGCUAGACUCCAACCCAAGAUACAACAAGGACCCCAUUAAAGACUUUUCCCGGCGCAAUAAUCCAGUGUACAUUAGUCGUGUCGUCAGUGCGAUGGUGAACUGUAAUGAUGAUGAUGGUGGGGUCCUGUAUGGACGCUGGGACAACUGUUACAAUGAUGGGAUCAAUCCCAAAUCCUGGAUGGGCAGCGUGGACGUCCUGCGGCGCUGGAAGAAGUACGGAUGCCAGCCAGUGCGAUACGGGCAGUGCUGGGUGUUCGCUGCAGUGGCCUGUUCAAUCCUUAGGUGCCUGGGCAUUCCGUGUCGAGUUAUCACCAACUAUUACUCUGCCCAUGAUACAAACAGCAAUUUGGUGAUUGAACAGUAUUUGGACUACCAAGGGAAUACACAGACGGGCAAGAAAGACAUGAUUUGGAACUACCACUGUUGGGUUGAAGCAUGGAUGAGCCGUCCAGAUCUCGGUGAACCAUACAAUGGAUGGCAGGUGGUAGAUCCAACUCCACAAGAAAAGAGUGCAGGAACUUAUUGCUGCGGUCCUGCUCCUGUCUAUGCUGUCAAAGAGGGUGACCUGGGGCUAAAGUUUGAUGUCUCAUUUGUGUUUGCUGAAGUGAAUGCAGAUGUUAUUCAGUAUGUUACACAAAAAGAUGGCACUGUUAAGCAAAUACUGCACACAGCGCAAGUAGGACAGAAGAUCAGCACAAAGGCGGUGGGAAAAGACACCAGGGAGGACAUCACACACACCUACAAGUACCCUGAAGGCUCUGAAGAUGAAAGGCGGGUGUAUGAAAAAGCCAAUGAGUUGGCCACUGUCCCAAAAGGAGAACCAAGCGCUGUGCCAUCUGAUGUCACUAUAAAGCUCAAAGUAUCUGAAGGCAUGAACAUAGGCAGUGAUUUUGAUGUGUUUGCCAUUAUCAACAACAACACAGAUGAGGAGAAGGAGUGCCGGUUCAGGUUCUGCGCACGCACAGCCAACUACACUGGUGUGGUGGGACCGGAGUGUGGAAUGAUGGACCUACCUGACCUCAAGUUGGAGGCACGUGCAGAGCAGGCCAUACCCAUGCAGAUCCUCUAUGAGAAAUAUAGCAGCAGUAUGACAGAGGACAACCUGAUCAAACUGGUGGCUCUUCUUCAGGAUCUUUCCAAUAAUGAUACGAUCCUUGCAAUGAGGGACAUCCAUGUCAAGAACCCAGACAUCAAAGUGCGGGUCUUAGGGGAGCCUAAACAGAAGAGAAAGCUGGUGGCUGAGGUUUCCUUGAAGAAUCCUUUGUCAGAACCUCUGAUGGGCUGCAACUUUACCGUGGAGGGAGCAGGCCUUAUAGAAGGCCUUGUGGCCAAGAAGCUGGACAGUCCUGUGGAGCCCGGGCAGGACGCCAAAGUCCGAAUAGACCUCAUGCCUCAGUUAUCUGGACUGCGAAAGCUGGUGGUGAAUUUUGAGAGCGAUCAUCUGAAAGGGGUGAAGGGAUUCAAGAAUAUCAUCAUCGCUCCUCUUCCCAAGUGACACUUCCAAUGAAGGAGGUUCUGUCACCAGUCAACCCGUGUAUAGCUAUCCUAUAAUGUGAGAAUUUCUCAGCGCCCGUGCAGCCUUAUUUACUAUAUAUAUUCUUUUUACUUAGUGACGGAACAAACCGCAGAACAGUAUGGCGGCAGUGCGGCAGUUAAAUCUCUAUAUCUCUUUAUUGGCUACGUACGAACCAGAGCUGGAUGAGGACGCACAAUCACUGCUUGUGUACAGGACAUGGUGGUAGCUUGCAUA